CAAUACUAAUUUCUGGUACAUUUGAUUGCAAACUCACAAAUGCACAACUGAAAUGGUCCAAACAGUCCUAUAUCAAAAUGCAAAAGAAAGACUUUUUAAAAAAAAAUCAUUUUCAGUCAUAGAACAAUAAAACACAAAAUAACCCCAUAAUAUACAUUGCAAAUACCAUAAAUAGUAAGAAAAACCAAUGGCCUUCAACCCUACCAACCAGCCUGCAAAUAUUGCUGGUAUAUCUUAAUCAAAUACAUGAGAAUUUCAGUUUCACAGCACUCUGACAGCUCUCUUUCCUGGAAUAAAGCAAACCUGUCUAAGCCUCCCUCUGUUUACAGACUCUUUACCUCAGGCGUUAGGCACACCCUCUCCUACCACAGUCAUAUGAUAAGAUGCAAAACAGGAAACUUCCAUACGCUUCAGAUCAGUGUCUCUAUACAAAAGAGACAAGAGCAGCUUUUAUCUGGUAACUGAAAGGGAGACGUUAUUUACAUUGAGGAGACAUGGCACAGCAGACGAUUCAGCUGGAUCAAGAAAAACUGAGCUGUUCCAUCUGUCUGCAACUUCUAAAGGAUCCAGUCACUAUUCCCUGUGGGCACAGCUACUGCAUGGACUGUAUCAAAAACUACUGGGAUGAGAAGGAAACACACAGCUGCCCUCAGUGCAGGCAGAUUUUCACACCACGGCCUGUCCUGGUGAAGAACACCAUGUUAGCUGAGUUAGUGGAGGACCUAAAGAAAGCAGAACAUCCGACAGCUUCAUCUGAUUAUGCCUGUGGACCUGGAGAUGUGUUCUGUUCUGAGAGGAAGCAAAAAGGCUCCAAGUCCUGCCUGGUGUGUAUGGCCUCUAAUUGUGAGCAUCACCUCCAGCCUCACUACAGCGUAUCUCCACCAAAGAAACACAAGCUCAUCAAAGCCACUUCAAAGCUUCAGGAGAACAUCUGUCCUCGCCAUGAUGAGGUGAUGAAGAUCUUCUGCCGCACUGAUCAGCAGUGUAUCUGUUAUCUCUGCUUAAUGGAUGAACACAAAGACCAUGACACAGUGUCAGCUGCAGCAGAAAGAGCUGAGAGGCAGAAAGAGCUUGGACGAAAUCGGCAAAAAUUUCUUCAAAGAGUUCAGGAAAGAGAGAAAGAUGUGAAGAUGCUUCAUCGGAAAGUGGAGGCUAUCAAUCUUUCUGCUGAUAAAGCUUUCAGAGAAUGUGAUAAGGCUUUCAAAGACUUGAUCAGUCUCAUUGAGAAAAAAAGCUCUGAAGGGAAGCAGAAGAUCAGAUCCAAACAAAAAGCGGAACAGAACAGAGUCAAAGAGCUUCAGGAGAAAAUAGAGCAGGAGAUCAGAGAUCUUAGGAGGAGAGACACUGAACUGCAGCAGCUCUCACUGACUGAGGAUCACCUCCAUUUUCUGAACAGCUACUCCUCACUGUCACAUCUGAGUGCAUCUACAAACGUACCCACCUACAACAAUGUUACUCUGCAGUACUUUGAGGAUGUGACUGCAUCUGUGUCACGGACCAGAGAUAAAGUGAAGGCUCUUCUCAGUGAUGAAUGGCCAAAAAUCUCAGUUGGAAUGACCAAAGCAGAUAUUUUACUGCCUCAAGGAGAACCCAAAACCAGAGACGAAUUUUUGAAAUAUUCUUGUCAGAUCACUCUCGAUCCAAAUACAGCACACACACUGUUGUCACUGAGUGACAGCAACAGAAAAGUAACACUGAUGAGUAGAAACCAGUCAUAUCUGAGUCAUCCAGACAAAUUCCUUGAUUGCCGGCAGGUCCUGAGCAGAGAGGGUCUGACUGGACGUUGUUACUGGGAGGUGAAGUGCAACGGGAUGGUUGGAGUAGCUGUUGCAUACAAGGAUAUCGACCGUAGAGGGACCAGAGAGGAAUGUGGAUUUGGAUUAAAUGACAAAUCCUGGGCAUUAACAGUUUCAGACAGGAGUUAUGAAUUCAAACACAACAACAUUCCCACUCCCAUCCCAGGCCCUCUGUCCUCCAGAAUAGGAGUAUAUUUGGAUCACAGGGCAGGAACUCUUUCUUUCUACAGCAUCACUGAGACCAUGAAUCUCCUCCACAGAGUCCAGACCAGGUUCACUCAGUCUCUCUAUGUUGGACUGUGGCUUCCACAAAGUGCUGGACACACUGCUGAGGUGUGUGAGCUCAAGAAGAGAAUAAACAUAAAAUAGUGAAAUUUGAUGCCAUGUGCUACUUGUUGAGAUGUGUUUAUCUAUCCUGCACCUGUUAAAGAUGAAUCUUUAUGGAUAUAAGUAUAUUCUUUAAUUUCUUUGAUUGUCUUGUUUUCAAUAGCUAUUUGGGUAAAACGGUUUAUUUGGCAAAAACAAUAUUCAUUUCUUAUAUAGUUUAUAUUUAACCACUGUUUUGUUGUAACAUUAGCAAAAAAAAAAAAAAAAAAAUCCAAAUAUAUGUUGGAAUCAGUUAUUAUAUCUUAAUGCAUGCUCAAUCAUCCAGGAAAGGAAAUCCCAAAAAACUGAUUCUGUUCAUCUGGACAUAACGUUUCCAGUGGGAGAAAAGUUUGGUCACUUGGCCAUUCAUCAAUGGUUACUGAUCAACGCUCAUGACAAUUUGCAUAUUGUUGAAGAAACUGACCUCACAUACUAUUAUUCAUUCAGUGGGCUAGUUUCAGUUAUUGUGCAAAUGUACUGUUUAUAAGGUCGGGGGAAACUGCAGUCAGCUGAGACUGAAGAAGUCACUUGGAUGAGUGAUGUAAUGUUUCUCCCACUGGAAACUUCCAGAUGAACAGAAUACAUUUUUUGGCACUGUCAUUAUAAUUGUUGCUUUUUCAAUUUUGUUUUUAUUUCUAUACUUAAACAUUUUACAAUCCACCAACUUAAUUUCAGUUACAUUUUCAUGAACCUUUUUUUUUUUUUUUUAAUUUACUGCUGUUUGUGAAAUAAAGUGAGCAAUGUACACUAAACUUUCUUGUUUCAAGAAAUAAAAUAUCACUAACAUGAUGAAUGGAAACUUUUGUUAAGAGACAUUUAAAGUAGAGCAUUAAUGAUGAAAUUAAAAAAGUAAAACCCUAAAAACUGUCACGGCUGCCGGGGCGAGCCGUGUGGUGUUGGAGGAAAAGGUGCCAAAAUGCAGGCAAAAGACUGAUGAUAUGAGUGAAUGUUUAUUUACAAAGUGGCAGAGUGACAAAAACAGGCAAUGAGGCUUGAGAAGCUACUGAAGAAACCUAAACUGGGAAAACUAAAGAGCAAACCUGAAAUCAUAACGAACCGGGGUGAAGGGCAGAGAGACACAGACCAAAGAACAAAACACCAUGAAACGCAGACGAGCGGACAAAGAGUACACACCGACACCCACUAUAUAUACACACACACACACACUGUAAUCAGGCAAUGACACACAGCAGGGAAGCACAGAUGAUCCUAAUUCACAAGACGAUGGGAGGAUACAAGCUGAACACAGUGAUAACAGACACAGACCUUCAAAGUAAAACAGGAAA